UCAUGAAUGUCAUUGGAAUAAAAUAAAAACUACACAACAAAGCAAGCAGUAAUCGUCUUUCCUAAAGAGCAAAAAUGCUUGCAAAUUGAUAAAAAGCAGAUUGUAGUGGGAAUAUUUAUUUGUUAUAACCUAUUAAAAGUGGUUUUUGAGGAUCUAGUACGUCAAGGCUGCUUUCGGAACGAUGGCCAACAUCAACGAUUUGCCGAAUGAAAUUCUUGAGUUCAUCUUCAGCUUGCUUCCGCCCUACGAGCCCUUGGAACACUGUGGUGGUGUUUGCAAACGAUGGAAUCUGCUGGCCACAAAUGUGAGAGCCCGAAAGAAAUCCAACCUUCAAAAGGGCCUAAUUGAUUUCAAUCUUUGCUGGAAGGAAAUCCUUCACGAGUCGACCCCCCGGAUUGCAGCGCGUUUCGCCCAUGCCACCUCAUUACACCGAAACUCAAUGUACGUGUUUGGUGGUGCGUCGUCCUACGACACUACAUUCAACGAUCUGUGGAAGUUUGAUCUGUCGCGGCGCGAAUGGAUCCGACCAAUUUCGAUGGGAACCUAUCCGUCCCCCAAAGCGGGUGCGUCACUCGUUUGCCACAACGAUUUGCUGGUACUGUACGGUGGUUGGCGUCAUGCUUAUACACCGUUCCAUAUGUGCACCCUCAUUGACGAGCUGCACGUGUACAACAUAGUCGAAAAUCGCUGGACCAUCCACAAUCAAGCGUAUGGACCACCGCCAAUGACUGGCCACUCGGCUACGGUGCAUCACAAUCAAAUGAUCCUGUUCGGUGGAUACCAGAACAACAUGGAAAAUCUUCGCACAUCGAACGAUAUAUGGGUGUUGGAUUUGGAGCGGCUUGUCUGGAAGAAGCCCGCAGUUUCCGAUCUGAAACCGGCGCCACGUUACGGUCAGUUUCAGAUGGCGGUCGGGGAAAACCACAUUCUGGUGCUGGGAGGAACUGGAGGCGUAAAUCGCGUGUUUAACGACGCAUGGCUGCUGGACAUGCAGCGGGACACCUGGGUAUGGAAGCGGGUGCAAAUUAAGAACAAGAAAGGCACCGUAACACACAACUGGUGCUAUCCAGCGUGCAAUGUCGGUUCUAAGGUGAUAGUGUUAGGACCAACGUCACCCAAUGACUUUCAAAUCAUCCGUCCAAGUCGCGUUCCACCCGUGGGCCGAGCUCGCCCGAUGGUCGAAAUACACCGGAAUCGCGUGGGCAUUCCACAAGGGGUACAUGGUGCUGAGCCUAACAUUCCUCGAAACAGCCCACCGCAAAGACCCAACUUACCGCCACCUCCGCCAGCACCGCUGCAACCAGCGUCAGUGCCAGUCCUGCCAGGACCGUCCGCCGCGUCCAAAGAAGGCACUGCUGCCACACCAAAGCAACCUGCCGCGGCACAAAAUGGUGCUGGAGAAGCGAGACCCGGUCCAUCUGGAUUACGAUCGCCGAGCAGUUCCGCUGCUGGACCACCGUCACGUUCUAUGCCGAUCAUAAGAAGUGCGUUUGGGCGUCAAUCGUCUGAAGAUGAUCACCUGCCGAAACGCUUCAACCAGCAGAACAUGGAACAGAACCAUAUGGCGAUGGUGGCCUUCAGUGUAGACUCAACGAACCAUCACUCAUCGAUUGCGGCCAGCUCGCGAGAGCGACAACUGGAGCGGCUACGAAAAAUGGAAGAGAAAAUAUCGGCCAUGCGACGAGCGAAGGAAGCUGAACAACAGCAGCAACAACCGCAACAGCGACCCACAGAUCGACCGUUGCUCGAUGAACAGCGACAGGAAGACGGAAAUGAAUCCGCGCAAGGCAACAGAGACGCUAGCAAUGUGUACGAGUCGGUUGCGAACACGAGUGGGUCCGAUCCGGUCACACCAAAGCGCGUCAAACGGAACGGAUUGGCCAUCUACGUGUGCGAUGUGUCGAAAAUACUGCCAACGGGCGGUGCGGAACCUUGCAUUGAAUGGCAGGAAUCGAAAAACAGUGGUCUUAUAGCGGGCGCACCGGAUCACUAUACGUUUUCCACGAUGAUCAACGGCAACGGGGAACUGAUCGUGUUUGGUGGUUUGAACAAAAAUCAUAAAUCGGAAAAUUUGUGCGUUUCCAAUUCCGUGCACUUUCUCACAGUUCCAACGGCCGUUGUGUAAAACAUUCAGCACACGAGCGUGUGGCUUUCGAUUAGAUGCUUAGCAGUCGUAGUACUAUUUCUGAACUGAAUACAGUCCAAUAAAAAUAAAUUCUUUAUUGAAUUUGAAAUUAA